UGGGAUGUUAAUGUCUCCCCACAGCGGCGCAAACAGUAGCCACUGUAAAAACCAACCGUCACCUCUGACCCCUCUUCCCCUAAAGUUGCCCUUCUUUCCCGCUAUUGAUCCUUCAGAUUCCUCUGACGUUGAGGGUUGCAACCAUUUCUUCUGGAUUCUCCCAAUCCGUACAGAGAUGUCAGUGUAGAGUCAACUGGAUAAAUGCAGGAACUCAGCUUUGACACAUAAGGAGGCUGCAUACAUGCCAGAUACAAUGGAAGUGCUCACAAUGCUGCUUAUGUUCCUCACAGUUUCUGGAUACUCUCAUGUUUUGCAACCCGGACUGACCCAGAUAGCUGGGCUGGACAGAGACCACCAGUCUGACAUGAGGAGUGAGCAGCUGAGAGAUGUUUCCAUAUCAGUGAAGGAGAAAGAACACGCUGCAGAAUCCACUGAGGGAAAGAAAACAGAGGAGGAACAGACGAGGGAAGGAUUGACUCAAACAAAAACAGAGGAAUUCUCUGUUGCUGACAUAGUGACUGAUUUAGAUACAGAUAGAGAAGUGGGGAGGAGAGAACAUGGACUCAAUCUUGUCACAGAAUCAGAGAAAACCGAGUCAAAUGAGGAGACAGUAAAAGCAAUACUGAAAGGUAACACAAAAACAUGGGAGGCGAUAAAAACAGAUGACGAGACAGAUGAGCAGUUUAAGAGCAAGCAAGAAAUAGUGGAAAAGGAAAGAGAGAGCAAGCUGGUUGCAGGGAUUAGUCUUCAUAAAGGGACUAGAGGGGAAAACAUGUUAACUGUAAAUCAAGAAAAUGUGGAAGAGAAAAGAGGAAAUGAGGAAAGAGAGAAAAUAGCAGAAGAGGGUGAGAUGAUAAAAAAUGCAAACCACAGCGAAUUAGUAAGAGAAAAGGGAGAUCACAAGGUUGUUAGUGAUCUCACACCUCCUUUAAUCACAUCCUCUACUAUCACUCAGUCUCAAAGUCCUCCUGGGUUUCCUCAUCCUGUUCAUCAUCACAAUGUCCCACCAUCACCCACACAGGUCUCCGCUCACCCUCCCACCCCUCACGACAAAGUCAGUCCUCACUUCUCUCCGUCUGUCACUCUUCCCAAUCCCACAACAAUCAAUUCCAUCUCAGUCUCAACAGGGCUUCCUGGCGAGGGGAGGUCCGUCUUGCUGCUUGAAGAUCUCCUCACUGAGGUGUUGCAGAGUCCUGGACAUCUUCUCAAGCAUAGUGAACUGGAAGUAAAGGGUAGCCCACAUUUAGAGGAUGUAAUGGUCAGAAAUGUAUUGUUUGAACCUGCAAGGAAGGAGCUACAAACCAGCAUUGUUCAACCAAAAUAUACGACUGAAUUUAUCCCCAAGGUGCAAGCAGCAACACCAAAACCCAAAGAAGCAAAGUUUAUAACCAAAGAUUUAAAAGAGCCAAAUCCUACACUGAAAUCAAAUGAAAAUAAUCCCACGGUCGAGCUCAAACCAAACCUGACUCAGCCCACAGGCGAACCCAAAACAUUUAAAUGGAAGAUGGAAAAUGACACCACACUUGCAGUGAAGCGAAAUAAAGCAUCUCCUCCUCAACCACAACAGACCAGACCUUCAGUCAGACCGCGCCUGUCAUCUGCCAAAACACCUUUAUUAAUGAAGCCAAUGAAAAUCAACAGAAGUAGUAAAAAUAAGACAAAUAAGAAGUCCAAGGAAAAGAAAAUGAAAAAGGACAAUAAGAUCCAAAAGCCAUCAGAGAAGAAGAAGAAGAAGGGCAUCACGCCAACACACUUUCCUUACUUUAAGGACGACUACUGUCCUCCUGAGUGUGCCUGCUAUGGAAGAGUGGUCCAGUGCUCAGACAAAGGCGUGGACAAGGUUCCUUAUGGUAUUCCCUAUAAUGCCCGCUACAUCCUCCUCAUGAAUAACCACAUCAACAGCAUCCAACUCGACCUGCUCAAUGAAUAUGUCUCUAUGGAGUUCCUUGUGUUGAGCAACAAUCAGCUCACAGAUGGUGCCAUAGAGGGGGCCUUUGAGGGGGUCCCGGCUCUGAAGCGCCUCUACCUGGAUAGGAAUCUCCUAGACAGCGUGCCAACUGAUCUUCCAGUGUCUCUCGAAGAACUUCGUUUGGACAAUAACCAUCUGAGUGCGAUGUCUGAGGCAGCCUGGGCCCGAUGCCCCCGUCUCUUGGUUUUGAGCCUUGGCAACAACAGCCUAGGGAAUGGAUCUGAAUCUCUGCCUAAUGCAGUGCUCUCUCCUCUGUGUAACCUGCGCACUCUAAACCUGGAUCACAACCAGUUAACAUCGGUUCCUCUGGGCUUACCACUAUCCAUCAAGGAGCUCUACCUCAAAGGGAACCUCAUUGAGCAUUUCCGUGGAGGAGCCUUCAAUGGGGUAUCAGAGCUGUUGCUGUUAGAUCUGAGCGCAAACAGACUGACAAACAAGGGUCUUCUCAGGGAGUCCCUUCUCAAUGCAACUCACUUGGAAAGCCUCAACUUAGAUGGGAACAGACUAAAACAAGUGCCACGACACCUCCCCUUGUCACUUAAAAAUCUAAAUCUGGAGGGCAACCUCAUAUCUUCCAUAAAGAAAGUGGCUUUCGGCACCUUGAAAAACCUGGAACACUUGGGUUUAGCAAGGAAUAAAAUCUUCAAAGUGGCACCGGGGGCCUUUAGGACAUUGCCUGUCUUGCACCAGUUAGACCUGUGCCACAACACCUUGCACCAGGUGCCCAGACAGCUGCCGGAGGCUCUGCACUCAGUAGCACUCAACCACAACAAGAUUCAAUCAGUUCCUCGUGAUGCUUUCUGCUGGGGUAAUAAAAGCGUUAGUCUCAGCAGGCUUGUACGAGUGCAGUUGGAACACAAUUUAAUUGAUAUGGGGAAGUUGGAUGCACAGGCUUUCAGGUGCUUACGGGGAUUCCAGGUGGUGCACUUCUACUGA